CGCAAGGUGACGGCGCGUUUUUGGAAAUAUCCCUUUUCAAAACUGGUUAACAUUUUGAUUGGAUGUUCCAUAAAUAUCAAGAGAAAAGCAGCUUUCCGCUGCUACAAAAUACUUCGACGCCAUAUCGCGUUAAACGUGAAUCCAUAUCAAUUCCAGAUUGUUCGCAGGAUACUGGUUAUGGUACUCGUUCUUCGACUUUCCUUAGUCCGGGCCGCACCUCAGAGAAAGAUAUUUUCCCUGAAAGUAUAGAAGUUCAUGGACGUACCGGCAUUAGAAAUUCGUGAGUUGCCCCACUUUCUUCGCUCACUGUUCAGUUUACGGGGUAAGCGGCGUGUUGAUAUAUUGUCUGCCCUGAUGUCUUUUGAGAAAUCGGAAUAUAUACUUCUGAAAGUUCUUCGUUACCUGACUAUUUCUGACCGUCUUACAGUACUCAGUGUUUGUAAGUCUUGGUAUUCGUUGAAAUUGCGCUUUCCACGGCUGUUUACCGCUAGUAGAAAGCAUGAGGUGAUAUUAAAGGAGAAUUCGGCCAAGGGUUCACAAAAAUCAACAACCAGCCGUAAACCGUUGAGUGCGAUCAACUGUCCCAAUUCCUGUACAAUUAAGAAUAGAGUUGAUAAGUUUGAUACUAAGGAGUUUUUGCAUCCAUGUCCCGUAUGCUCUGGAGUGGCGUUUUAUAGACCUAACGAAUGGCCGAAUCGUUUGCAUUGUCAGGCUUUGGACUGUGGUGUCUCUGUUUGUUAUAAUUGUCAGCGGGAGCACUCACCGAGUGAUAAAUGUCAAAUGACACCAAACUCGCCAGUAUACAGAUUGUCUCCCAUUCAACCUCGGGCAUCCCCAACUCGCAGUCCAAGAGCUCGAGCCCGGUUACUGAAAUCUUCUCUUCGUCGCUUGUAAUUGCUUGAUUUUACUGUACCGUAGUUCUUUCAUAUGUACAUACUUUUUGUUUUAAACUGUUACUCGUAGUUUUUAUCAUAAUAUAUACUUGUUUUUGCCUGUUU